AUGACUCUUUGUUCACGAUCUCUGUUCGACAACACUUCUCAGAAAAACUUCAACCAGUUUUUGCAAUGCUCAACCAAAUUGAAGGUUCCUCAGAAGGAACUAGAAGCUCAAGAAGAUGAGGUUAAAAAUGCUAAACGCAUGCUUGAAACUCAGAAGACACUAUUUCCUUCUUGGUCAAUGGAAUGUAUGCAGAAAGAAGCAAUUGAUGAUCCUAUCAUCUACUGGCUGGAUCCCUUAAUUUCAUUCGAUUUGAAUAAUGAUGUGGAAUGUCAACUUGAUUUUCCUAUCACACCUAGGGCCUUUCUGUUUCAUUGCUUUGAGAAGAUUGAAAAGUCUCAGAUCUCAGAUAGUGUUGUUACUCAAAAGCUCCACUCUUUCUAUCUGAAGUAUGCCAAGCCUCAGAAAAUGACUUGGAGUCUUAAGAAAUUUUGUGCUUUAAGAGUCAAAUUGUCUGAUCAGACUGAAGAUUUUCUGAACAUUCAGUUCAAGGAAGAAAAAUACAAGUCUAUUGUUGCACAUAUGAAGAGGAUGCUUAUAUGCUACAUUUAUGAGAUUGCAAAGAUGGAUAUAGAGAUAAGGUCUGUUCUGAAGAAAAGGCCAAAUUUGAAGCCAGAAGAAGAACCGAAGGACCUACAUAAGCCAAAGGUUGGAAAAUCCAAAAUGAGCAUUGGAGUGUAG